CAAAAAUAAUUACAUAUCGGCUGUGCUCUUAAAAUAAUCCAGAAUGGCUACUCUGAUUUUUGUCGAUAAGGAAAAUGGAGAACCAGCCACUCGUGUGGCUCCUAAAGAUGGGCUGAAGUUGAAGUCUAGACAUUCAGUCAAAGCUUUAGAUGGGAGAUCUCAGGUUUCAACACCACUUGUUGGCAAAAUGUUUGAUGCUCCGUCAGCCUUACCUAAAGCUGCCAGAAAGGCUUUGGGAACUGUCAACAGAACUACAGAAAAGUCAGUAAAGACUAAUGGACCCCUCAAACAAAAACAGCUAAACUUUCCUGCAAAAAAGGUGAUUGAGAAGACCACUGAAGCAAAAAGCUCUGUUCCUGCCGCAGAUGACACCUAUCCAGAAAUAGAAAAAUUCUUUCCUUUCAAUCCUCUAGAUUUUGAGAGUUUUGACCUGCCCGAAGAGCACCAGAUUGCAGACCUCCCCUUGAAUGGAGUGCCUCUCAUGAUUCUUGAUGAGGAGAGAAAUUUUGAAAAGCUGUUAAAGCUGGGUCCCCCUUCACCUGUGAAGAUGCUCUCUCCACCAUGGGAAUCUGAUCCAUUGCAGUCUCCUUCAAGCAUUCUGUCGACCUUGGAUGUUGAGUUGCCACCUGUUUGCUAUGACAUAGAUACUUGAAUUUCUUAGUGCUUUAUAGCUAGUGUGUAUUUGUAUUAAUAAAGCAUUUCUUUAACA